CAUUUCUCCACCAUACACACGUAUCUCUCUGUUCUGCCAUGAACUCAGAAAACAGAACAUGAACCUCAUUCUCUAAUAACGCUACUCUCUCUCUCUCUCUCUCUCUCUCUCUCUCAACUUCAAUUCAGGCAUCGAAAAUGUCGGCCAGUGCAAGCUUGCUGCGCUAUGGAGGAGCGACCUCACUGAACCCAAAGAAGCUGCAAUUUGUUCAGCAGCAGCAAAAGUAUAACGUUGGGGUUGGGAAGACGAAGACGGCGAAGACGAGUGGUGGGGUAGUGAUCAGGUGCAGUAGUAAUAGUGACGGUGGUGGGAUAGGGAUCGGAGAUUUCAUAGGAGGCGACCUGCUGAGGCUCGAUCUUGGGAAAUGGCUAUCUGAUGUGGAAGAACACAAAGCUCUGGCCAUAUAUUCUCCUCAUGAAGGUGGGUAUGAAGGAAGGUACUUUACUCGUUUGAGAUAUCAGGGCUACUAUUUCCUUGACCUCUCUGCUCGUGGCCUUGGUGACCCGGAAGCUACCCUCACCAAGAUUCAUCCUGUUUGCCCUGCUCAUGUUGGAAAGCAGCCAAUAGCAAGGUGGUAUUUUCCACCUGAGGUUGAUUACAGAUUAGAAGCACUUCCACCUGAUGCCAAAGGACUUGUUGUGUGGAUCAUUGAAGCCAAGGUUCUUUCCAAGGCAGAAUUACAGUUCCUUGCUCUACUGCCUACACUUCGGCCUAAAGUGAGGGUCAUUGCUGAAUGUGGAAACUGGAGAAAGUUCAUGUGGAGGCCACUGAAAGAAAUAGCUGGCUUAACCAGUGAAGCAGCUUGAUCAUCACGUAUAACCUUCACCAUUUUCCAUCAGCAAAAACGAGUACAUUCAGGCCUUUCAUUACUCUCACCUUCAAAAUACCAAGGUGUACUGAGGAAAGCGUGUGGAGACGAUUUUUUUUUUUUUUCAUUUAUUUGUAAAUAUUAAGAUUUUUCCCAACCAUGAGUAAUAUAAAUUCCGCUCAAAGCAUGAGAACAUUCCCUCCAAACAUGAUAUUCUUCAAAUUCUAGUUCAGUCAAAAUUUUGAAUUAGUUUCA